UGUCAGGUCAACUGAACAGGAGCAGCAGGCAGAAAGAGCUACAGCACACUCAGGCCUCCCAUCAAGAUCCUUCCCAAUAUCAGCAACAGGGAGUUUCCCAGGAUAACGCCGAGAUGUUCAAAGGGGUGGGCAAAGGCUCGCCAAGCUCCCCAAACAAAGGGUCCCCAACCAAGCAGUUCAAAUCAUCAAGCAGCAAUGAUCUAGCGUUGCUCAUCUCUCGCAUGCAAAAAAAUGCUGACCAGGUGGAAAAGGACAUCCUUGAAACACAGUCCAAACUUAAGAAGGAUGCUAUUAAUCACCAGCAGAACAAGCCUUUGGAGUUCCAGCAGAUAAAUGGCAAAAACUUGAAAGAGGCAGAGACACUUUUGAAAGACCUUUUCCUAGAUGUAGACAAAGUCAAGCAUUUGAAACACCCUCAAGCCUUUGAAAUUGAGAAAGAUAUCAAGCAGCUCCAUGUCCGAAUGACACACCAAUGUGCAGAAUAUCGAGAGCUCUAUGAAAAAUUUACACUUUCUGAAGUUGGUUCCAAAGUGGACUGGGCAAAAAUUCUAGAACAAAAACAGAAACAAGUCAGUGGAGGGAAAUAUGGACCUACAAUGCCUGAGCUGGAAAAACAAAUUGCAGAACACAACAUUCUUCAAAAGGAGAUAGAAGCAUAUGGUCUCCAGAUCAAAAAUCUUCACAGUCUGGAAGCUGGAGAUUUGAAGACUCAUUACAAGGACUUGCUGAAAGCCUCUAUCUGGCGAGGCCAGAGCUUGAAUAGCCUCUAUACCCACCUCCAAGGCUGCAUGAAAGAGCUGGCGUAUCUCUCAGAACAACAGCAAAAGAUCUUGAAGCAGGACUGGAGUGAUCAAAUGAUUGAUCCCCAGUCAGUCCGGCGUGAGUAUGAGGAGUUCAGAAACAAUGAGCUUCUUAACCAGGAAGAGUAUGUGAAUAUGCUUCAGGAUGAUGGAGAACGGAUGAUUGAACUGAAGCAUCCAGCAGUGACCCCAAUCCAGGCCCAUCAGGAAGCCCUGAAGAAUGAAUGGCAAAAUUUUCUCAACUUAUGUAUUUGUCAGGAGCACCAUCUGAAGAGCAUAGAGAAUUAUAGAAAGUUCUAUGAUGAUGCUGACGCGAUGAACCAUUUAUUAAACAAACUGAACAAUGAUCUUGAUAACAAAUACAGCAAGUUCAAUAAAGACAGUCUGGGAAUAGUGUCUGACUUAAUGUGCCAUCUGGAGAAUGAUGAGAAGACUGUGAAAGAAGCUGAAAAGACCAUUGCAGAACUAAAACGAAGGAGUAAAGAGAUUAGUCCUUUAAAACUGCGAAGAGUCCAGUGUCCCCAACCAAUUAUAAUAGAUGCCAUUUGUGAUUGGGAUUUGGGUGAUGCUAGAAGAUGAACUGAACACAGUAAAACAGAAGAGAGCUUCAAUCCAGGCCACCCUAAAAAGCAGCAACAAGGAAUCGGUGAAACCCACCCAUCAAGCAGCAAUCAGAACCUUCACUGCAAUCCAGGAUGACUCUGAAGCGGACCAUUUGCUCCAUAAACUGAAUAAAAUUGAUAAUGAUUUGGGGCAAAUUAAGAUGGACAUUUUUAACCGCACAAGAUCUCCACUAAAUCACAGUGACCCUAUAGAAGAUGUUACUCAACGGAUCAAACAUCAGGAGGGAACAAACAGGAGAAUUCAGAUUAUAGGAACAGAGAAAGAAGCUGCUCAGAAAGCAUGUGAGACCUAUCUUUCAAAGAAGCCUGCUGGUACCUCUGCCUCUCAAAUUCCUGUGUUGCUGAACAACAUCAAGAAUAAAUACAAUGAUGUUAAAGUACUCUCCAGGUUGUAUGAUGAAAAAGCCAAAGCAAGUAUAAACUUGGAAACUCAGAUAGAAAACACGGACAGGAUCAUCAGCACUUUGGAGGCCAAAUUAUCUCAUGAUGGUACCGUUCCAGCUUCACCUAAUGCACUGCAAGAUCGUGCUAAUGAACUUCAGAAACUGAAACGCGAUUUAGUGAAACAGGACAAUUCCUUGCUCAAGUUAAACCGAAGCCUGAAGGAUGCAGAGCAUAGCUGCAGUGCAGUGCAGAACAAUUUUCAAGAAUACUGUCCAGAUCUGCCCAGGCAGAAAAAGGAGGUCCAGCUUAUUAAUGAUCGGUAUCAUAUUGUUGCUGACCAGCUGGAUCAACGGGAGAAGACACUUUGGGAUACCAGCCUCAUUUACCAGCAGUUCCAAAAUGCCAAUGAGAAUUUGAUAUUCUGGCUCAACAAUCUUCCAAAGCACAAGAUCAAGACCACAGAUGGACUGAGCCAGAUUAACUACAAGCUUGAGGCCCAGAAGAGGCUGGCAGAUGAAAUCCAGAGUAAAGAGUCUGACAAAAAAUCAGUGAUCAACUUGUCCCGGAAUGUGCAGUCUGUCCUCAAUGAUUAUGAACUUCAGGCAGGAAAAUAUCGAUCGUCUCUGGAUCCUACUUUGACUGCUUCAUCUGCCAAGCGUCUCCGGGUGACUCCACUCCAAGAGAGCAUUCAGGCUCAGGAAAAUGAUAUGACAAAGCUCUAUGCAGAGACUACUGCUGAAAACAAACAACAAAUCUGCUGGUUGGAAUUUGCCAAGAAAAUUAUGAAUAAGAAAGAAGUAAGUGAUGCAGUGCAGGUAAUGCAUGAACAAACCCAGCAGUCCAAAAACAUAGAUGAAUCAGAAAUCCUGAAGUCUCAGCUUAAAGAGGAGCAGAGCAAGAAAGCCAAUGUGCAGCAAGAACUGGAGGAGCAGAGAACUAAACUUCUGACACUGAAAACUCAAAGGCCCAUUGAAAGAAUUGAGGAGAAAGAAAUGAUAGAUUACUAUAGAGAUCCCGUUCUGGAGAGUGAUCUUGCUAAAAUCUCUAAUCAAAUUGAGAAUGAAAAGAAGAAACGAGCAGACUUACAGGCAGAUAUUGAAAAAGUGAAUAAUAUAUUCCUUGAAAUGGAAAAAGAUAGAAGGGUUGUGACAAGCCAGCUGCUUACAAAAGAAGUUACAAAAACAGAGAAAGAUCCAAAUCUAAAUGCCCAAGCAACAAGACUCCAAGAAGAAAUCAGGCAUCUACGUGAUAAUUCAACUUCUUCUUCUGAAAUUGAACGGCUCAGGAAAGAGUUGUACGUCCUGGAGCAAAAGCAGCAAAACAUCCGAGAGAAAGUAGUCGUAAAAGAGGUGGUGAAGUUAGAGAAGGAUCCAGAAAUGCUAAAAGCAAUCAGAUCACUGCAAAUGCAAAUGGACGAAGAUAGUUUCAAGAAGAAGUCUGCAAUGGAUACAAUCGCAAAAAUGAAAAGCAAAAUUGAGGAUCUUGAGAAGCUGAUUGAAGCAACUGAGCCCAAAGUCGUCGUGAGAGAAAUAAAACAAGUGGAACAAGAUCCAGAGCUCCUAAAAGAGGCUUCCACGCUUCAAAAGCUUAUUGAGGAGGAGAGGAACAAGAACAUUUUAUUGUCAAGUGAACAGACACAGCUGCAGAGCAAAUACAGCAGUAUGGAGAAGCUAAAGCCUAGGGUGGAGAUAAAAGAAAGAGUCAAUGAGAUUUUUCACCUAGACCCAGAAACAGAGGAAGAGAUAGCACGGUUGAAGAGAGAACUCCAAGAAGUUUCAAGGAAAAGAAAAAGAGUUGAUCAGGAGGUAGAGACAGCCUUGACUGAACUGAAAGUUCUUAGAUCCCAAGCACCUACUGUGGAGUUUAAAGAAGUCGUCCAAGAAGUGUUGAAAACAGAAAAGAGCCCAGAGGUAUUGAGAGAAAUAGACCGGUUGAAAGAACAGCUAAAUGAUCUUGUGAAUGCAAACGGGCGGUUCCAAGAACAGCUAAUCAGGUUAGAAGGAGAAAGGGAUGAGUGGAAAAGAGAAAGAGCCAAAGUUGAAACCAAGGUUGUUACUAAGGAGGUUGUCCGAUAUGAGGAUGACCCUCUGCUAGAAAAAGAGGCGGAAUGUCUUCACCAAGAAGUGCGUAAUAUAUUACAAAAGAGAAGAGCAACUGAAGAUGCCAUCUAUGAUCUGCAGAAUAAGUACAUUCUUCUGGAGAGAAGGAAGCCUGAGGAAAAAGUGGUGGUACAGGAAGUAGUUGUUACUCAGAAAGAUGUGAAGCUUAGGGAGGAGCACAACAGGCUGGGCAGGAGUUUAGACGAACAAAUAAGCAACCGGCGAAGGAUGGAUCAUGAGGUCCAAUUGCUUCGGGCAGCAGUGGAAGACAAAGAAAAAAUGCUGAACUUCCAAGAUGACAGAAACAAAAGGCUUGCUCUGGAAAAGGAAAUGCGGCAGAUCACCUUGAGGAUAAAAGAAAUUGAAGAAAGCCCAGUUCCACUUCAAGAAAAAAUAAUCAUGGAGGAAGUAAUCAAGGUAGAGAAAGAUCCAGUUCUCGAGCAAUCGAGCACCAAUUUGCGAACUGAACUAGAUAAGGAGAAAGUUCAAGUGUUGAGCUUCCAGAGGGAAUGCAAGAACCUUCAAGCCCAGAUUGAUGUUCUACAAAAGACAAAGUCCCAGGAAAAGACAAUAUAUAAGGAAGUAAUCAGAGUAGAAAAAGACAGGGUACUUGAAAAUGAACGAACGCGUCUUUGGGACCUGCUAAGCAAAGAACGAACUGCUCGGCAAAAUGCAGAAGAAAGUAUCAGACAUCUGAGAGAGAAGAUUGAGAGAGCGGAAGGCAUGCAAUGCACACGGACCAGAGAAGAAGCUGACCUCCAGAAAACUCGGAAUGUGACAAUGCAAGAAAAAGUCAGUCUUGAAGAUGAAUUAAGGGCACUAGAAAAACAAAAGCAACAAAAAGCCCUUUUCCUUAGAGAACAGACCAAGCUCUUGAGCCAAAGGACUGAAAGUGAUAGGCAAAAGAAGAUCCAAUUUGGCCAGGAGGUUUCUCGUCUGGAAUCAGAUAUACUUAUGGAGAAGGAUAACAUUUAUGAAAAAGAGAGGACUAUCCGGGAACUCCAAUCCAGAAUCAACAGAGAAGAACUGAACAAUGAGACUCAGAUGAGAGAGACAAACCUCUCUACCAAGAUAUCUAUUCUGGAUCCAGAGACUGGUAAAGAUAUGUCACCCUACGAGGCUUAUAAAAGAGGCAUGAUAGAUAGAUGUCAGUAUAUCCAUUUGCAAGAACUGGAAUGUGAUUGGGAAGAAAUCACAACCCUGGGACCCAAUGGGGAUGUUUCUGUUCUUCUUGACAAAAAGAGUGGAAAACAGUACUCCAUUGAUGAUGCUCUGCGGUUCAAAAGGAUUACAAAAGAAGAAUACCAACUCUACAAGGCAGGCAAAAUCCCUAUCUCUGAGUUUGCUCUACUUGUAGCAGGAGAAAGUAAGCAGAAUGCAUCCCUUUCCAUAGGUUCAAUCAUUUCCAAGUCUCCAAUUUCAUCCCCUGUUUUUGAACAAAAGCAAACCUUCUUCUCUUCUGGUCCACAGAUGGCUUUCUGUGAUGAUACUUUUCCUAUUGCUGGAGUGUAUGACACAACCUAUGACAACAAGUACAACGUUAAGUCUGCACUUAGUAAGAAAUUGGUGGAUCCAAUGACAGCCCAAAAGCUUUUAGAGGCACAAGCUGCUACUGGAGGCAUAGUUGAUUUUAUCUCAAGAGAUCGCUACUCUGUCCACAAAGCCCUUGAUAAAGGACUGAUUGAUAAUACUUAUAUGCAGAGGUUGUUGAAUGCUCAGAAGGCUUUCACAGGGAUUGAAGACCCUGUCACCAAGAGAAGACUGGCUGUAGGAGAAGCAGUUCAGAAAGGAUGGAUAACUCAAGAUAACGCCUUUCCUUAUUUGCAAGUCCAACACCUAACGGGAGGACUAAUAGAUCCUAAGAAAACAGGCCGUAUCCCAAUAUCAGAAGCUAUCCAGACAGGCCUGAUUAGUAGUGACCUGGCUACAUUGCUACAAGAUGAAUCUAAUUAUGAAAAAGAUCUUGUUGAUCCUAUCAGCAAAGAGAAGAUUCAUUAUAAGGAGGCCAUGAUUCGUUGCCAGAAAGAUCCUUUAAGUGGGCUCCUCCUCCUCCCAGCUACCUCUGAAGGAUAUCAGUCAACAAUCCAUUCAGCUACUUUGCCCCACUUCAGGCACUAAGCAAGGCAGUAUAAUUUCAAAUUUGUAAAAAGUCUGAAAUGCUUUUAAUCCACAAGAGAAUUCACUCGUUGCCAUGUUCAGAUGAACAAAGUGUCUGGUAAUUAUAAAUAGCUGUGUAGUAUGUUAUAUAGCUGGACUUAUUUCAUUAUACCAAGUUAGCAGCACUUCAUAAAGAAGCAUUUCCCAAAGUAGAAGGGAUCUAAUAUGGGAGUUAGUACAGAAUCUAUUUUAGGGAAUAAAGGGGUUUUUGAAAUAGAAAAAAGUUCAAAAUGCUUAGGAAAUAGCUCCUUCCUGUAUAAAGUCUAAAAGGGAUGUAUGUCACAACACUUGGAGUUUAAAGAUCAUGCAUGCAAAUAAAAGUUAAAAGACUG